AUGAAAAUGUUAAAUGUUAACUAUAACAGCCAAAAUAGAAAAAAUUCAAUUGAAAAUCCAGUAUCCAGUGAAUUAUAUAUUUACCUGAAAACUAAAGAAAAAAACGGCAUAAGCUUGUAUACUCAUAUUCAAGCUUUAUUAGAUAUCUUUAUUUUUCAAAAUCCAAUACAACCUGUAAAAUAUUUUGAGUAUUACAGUGAAAAACUUAAGGAGACCUAUCAUAAAUUGCAGCUAGAUUCUGAUGUAGAUUUUUUGAAUAAUAUUCAGUAUGAAAUCAAUCAAAAGAUAUCAAAUAUAUACAAAGAUUCCAGAAUUAAAAAUGUAGAAAACCAAAAUGUACAAGAAAAAACAAGUUUUUUAUCAAAUGUAGAUGAAAUUUCAAGAUAUGAAGGUGAAAAUGAAUUUGAAGAAGAUAUCUACUACACUGCAAAGUCAAAUGAGGUUAUAGUACAAGACAUAACAAAAAUUAAUUAUAUGUUCAAUAAAGCAGGAUGUGGACUAACAAAUGAUGAAGCUAAUCUGAUCGGAAUAACUAUGAAUGAAAUAUCACAUCUAGAAAAAUUUAAAAAUAUCAGAUACUGGGGCAAAAUAUUAGGUUUGAAACAUAACUAUUAUAUCUUGGAGUGUGAAUGGAAAGAUAAAGAAUUAGAAUAUAAACUGAGGAUCCUUAACCAUAUGAUGAGCAACAAGGUAUCCGAUAAUAACAAAGAUAUUUAUGAAAAUGAAGAACAAGUAGAAUAUGAUGAUAGUUUAUUCAUGGGAUACCACGAACAUGUAGAAGAAAAUGAAUCAUUGUUUUCCUCUCCACAAAUAGUUAACAAUAAAUAUUUUAAUAACAAAUCUGAACAUGAGUUUAUUGAUUCCCAAAAAUCAAAUCCAUUAUGUUCUGUUUCACCCACGGAAAUCGGCACUGAUGAUCACUUAUCUAAUGAAAUGUUUGGAUUCGGAGUUAAUAAAAAGUCAUAUUUUGUUACAAAUAAACUUUAUAACGAAUGGAUCGAGUUGCCACUGCUCAAAUCUCACCAUGUAAUUCAAGCACGCAAUAUUAAACGGUAUUUUAUUGGAGACUUGGAAUCACACGUUGAAUCUUAUCCUUCAUUUCAAGGUUUGGAAAAACAUUAUCUUAGAGCUCAAAUCGCAAGAAUAACAGCUGCAACACAAAUAUCGCCAUGCAAUUAUUUUAUACUCGAUACUAACAAUACAAGUCCAACGAAGUGGAGAAAAUUAAGUUCUUUCCAAUCGAAAGUUAUGUCGAAAAAAUGGAUCCAUGAUUAUACAGAAAACCAAAAUUUCAUUUCACCGUCAAUAUAUGCUUUGCUAGAACCAAUCAACUGGGUUCAUCAUGUUCCUAUGAUAUCAGAUCAAGGAGUAACAUUGGCAUGGACUAAAAUACUGAAUGAAGAUGAAAAUAAGAUAUCUAGUGACAAUAUUCAGGCACCGAUAGCUGAAGAUUCCGAAAGCCUCAAAUUAGGCCAAGACUGGUUUACAGCUCUGUCCGAAGAUACAUACGUUGGUCUAUUGACUCCUUGGAAAUGUGAAAUGACUAAUCCAUUUGACCAUGAGGCUUCAUAUGUGACUAUCAGAUCUCAUAUUUGGCCUGGAGCAUUCGCAGUUACGCGUGAUAAUAUUUUAGAUUAUACUUACAACGGUUGGGGUCUCAAAUGGAAUGUUAUUGAUUAUACUCCUCAAAUGCCGAAUGAAUAUAAAUUUGAACAUUUGAAAGAUACAGAAGAAACAACUGAAAUCGCUGAUCCAACUCAUGCAGAUGAACAGUCAUUUUUCUCACAUGUCCAACGAUUAAAAGAACUUAAGAAAAAUAUAAAAAUGGGUUUAAAACCGUUUACAAUGUUCUAUGGAGACGAAGAUGAUGAAGAAAAAAUCAUUAAUAAUUACGAUUACAAUUAAAAUCAGCUUUUGUCAUAUUUAUUUUAUUGUUGGU